AAUCAACUGUCAGGAACCAUUCCAGAAGGGUUUGGAAAUUUUGUCAACCUAUAUCUCCUUGGCCUUGAAGAAAACUCUCUUUCUGGGGUCAUUCCAAGAGAUUUUGGCAAAUUACAAAAUUUGCAACAUCUGCGUUUUGACACCAAUCAAUUUUCAGGACAGAUAGUCUCCACCCUAUGUAAUGCCACCACUCUAUACUAUCUGGACUUAUCAUUUAACCAGUUUGAAGGAGGCAAUAUACUUGACAAUGUUCUUAUGAACUGUCAAUAUUUGCAAUAUCUGGAUACCCAUAUCACUUGCUGACUGUUCAGAUCUGGAGAAUCUUUCUAUGCAAUCCAAUUUUUUCCAAGGAACAAUUCCACCAAAUUUGGCUUCUUUGAAGAGCAUCCAGCAAUUAGACCUUUCAAGUAAUAAGUUAACUGGUCCAAUACCAAAAGAACUUGAGAAGCUUCGCUAUUUGAGAUUCUUAAACCUUUCCUAUAACGACAUCGAGGGUGAGAUACCAAACACGGGGAUUUUCAGCAAUGCAAGUCAAAUAUCAUUGAUUGGCAACAACAAACUCUGUGGAGGCAUUCCAGAAUUGGAGUUCCCACCUUGUCCAGUGAUUAAGGGGAAAAACAGAGGAAAGCUGAAGGUUAUCAUAUUGCUGUCCAUUGUUUUACCGGCAACGCUUCUGGUUCUUGGUACAGUGUUGUUAUAUUUCUUGGUAUAUCGAAAAAGAGAAAGAAGACUGGUGGCCGGAUUCUCUAGCAUGCCUACAAGAUUCAAUAAGCUCUUACGAAUUUCUUACAUGAACUUCAUCGGGCAACUUCAGGAUUUUCUCCAGAAAACCUAAUUGGUUCAGGAAAUUUUGGAUCUGUCUACAAAGGAAGGCUAGAAAAACAUGGCAAUAUGCUUGUAGCAGUCAAAGUUCUUGAUCUUCAAAAGAAUGGGGCUUCCAAAAGUUUUAAGGCCGAGUGCAACACAUUGAGAAACAUUCGCCAUAGAAACCUUGUCUCUAUCGUGAGUUAUUGCUCCAGCAUUGAUUCCAAGGGUGAUGAAUUCAAAGCUUUAGUCUACGAGUUCAUGGAAAAUGGAAAUCUGGACUUGUGGCUGCAUCCUGCGGAGACAACUGAUCAGGCAACAAACUCAAGAAGUCUCAAUCUUUCUCAGAAGCUGAACAUUGCAAUUGAUGUAGCUUCAGCAUUGCAGUAUCUUCACAACCACUGCGAAGCUGAGAUUGUUCACUGUGAUCUAAAACCAAGUAACAUUCUUCUUGAAAAUGAUCUUGUUGCACAUGUGGGUGAUUUUGGAUUGGCAAGGCUUCUCCCAAAACCCAUCAACAGAUCUUCCUUGCAAGGAACCAGCAGUAUAAUAGCUAUAAAAGGAACAAUCGGCCGCGCAGCCCCAGGUACUAAUGCAUAAAAUCUGGAUUUGCAGCUGUUUGUUGGUUUGAAUCUCCGAGCUGAAGUUGCCAGUUGUGUGAGCAGAUAAAGAAGACACCUUUGGCUUUCUUUCUAGGAACUGGAUGUUUUGAAAGAUGGUCAAUUGGCUCAAUUCUGCUUGAACAUCUUUUUACUCCUGUAUUCUACAAUAAAUCUUAUGUUUCCAUAAUAUUGAUUUUGCAAUGUUGAAUGUUGAUUUUGCAAUCAUAUGAAAUCUUAGUCACAAUGUGG